AACCCUGAUCAUAUGCGAAACUCCUAUUGGAGAAGACAUUCUUCUGCAUAUGGGCGUCAUCAUCAGACUAUAAUGCUACAGAUAGAACCAUAAGAUUAGUUUUAAAAUAUAUAUUUGGUAACGCUGUUUGUUGUAAGUGACCUGAUUGUACUUUUGCAGCGGAUCUGCAACAGGAAACCAUCAUCUCUUCAAGUCUUUAGUUCGUGAUUUGUUGUCCAUAGGCAAAGUAAAAGAUGGCCCAGUGGUGCCAGCUGCAACUACUGGAGUCGAAAUACCUGGAGCAGGUCGACCAGCUCUACGAUGACUCCUUCCCCAUGGACAUCAGGCAGUACCUCAGCAAGUGGAUUGAGAGCAUUGACUGGGAAAAUGUGGCUGUUCAGGACUCCUUAGCAACAGUACGUUUCCAUGACCUCCUAGCCCAGCUGGAUGAUCAACACAGCCGCUUCGCCCUGGAAAACAACUUCCUGCUACAACACAACAUCCGCAAGAUCAAGAGAAACCUCCAGGACCACUUUCAGGAGGACCCCGUUCACAUGGCCAUGAUCAUCUCCAGAAACCUGAAGGAGGAGCAGAAGAUUCUGGCUGCUGCCAAAAGCAUAGAGACGGACAGAGAAAACACACAGACCAGCAUGGUUCUGGAGAAACAAAAGCUGGACAACAAAGUCAAAGACAUGAAAAACAAGGUUCAGGAAGCGGAUCAGAAUCUAAAGUCUCUGGAAUACCUUCAAGACGAGCAUGACUUUAAGGAAAAUACUCUUAAGAACAGAGAACAUGAAAUGAACGGGCUGACACCGAAACAGCUGGAACACGAGAAGCUGCUGAUUGCAGAGAUGUGUUUGAAGCUGAAGAUCAAGAGAGGGGAAGUGGUUGGCCAGUUGGCGGAGGUGCUCAACAUGGCCGAGGCGGUCCAGUCAGACCUGAUCUCAGAUGAGCUGGCAGAGUGGAAGAAGAGGCAGCAGAUCUCCUGUAUCGGAGGACCACCCAACGCAUGUCUGGACCAACUGCAGAACUGGUUCACAGCGGUGGCGGAAAGCCUGCAGCAGGUGAGGCAGCAGCUGAAGGAGCUCCAGGAACUAGAGCAGAAGUACACAUACGACAACGACCCAAUCAAACAGCAGAAAGGCUUCCUGGAGGGGCGGGCCCUGACACUGUUCCGGAACCUCCUAGAACAUUCCUUGGUGGUGGAGAGACAGCCCUGUAUGCCCACACAUCCACAGAGACCUCUGGUGCUGAAGACACAGGUGCAGUUCACUGUCAAGCUCCGAUUUCUGGUGAAGCUCCAGGAAUUCAAUUAUCAACUCAAAGUGAAAGCUUUGUUUGACAAGGACGUUACAGAAAAGAAAGGGUUUCGUAAGUUCAACAUAUUGGGCACCAACACAAAAGUUCUGAAUAUGGAGGAGUCAAAUGGAAGCUUGGCUGCAGAGUUUCGCCAUUUGCAACUGAAAGAGCAGAAAGUAGCCGGCAACAGAACAAAUGAGGGGCCUCUCAUUGUGACAGAGGAGCUGCACUGCAUCUGCUUUGAGUCUGAACUCAACCAGUCAGGUCUGGAGCUCAAGCUAGAGACCAUCUCCCUGCCCAUCGUGGUCAUCUCCAACGUCAGCCAGUUGCCCAGUGGCUGGGCCUCCAUCCUGUGGUACAACAUGCUGUCCAGCGAGCCCAAGAACCUGAAGUUCUUCCUGAGCCCUCCUGCAGCAUCCUGGGGUCAGCUGUCUGAGGUGCUGAGCUGGCAGUUCUCCUCUGUCACCAAGAGGGGACUCAAUGAAGAGCAGCUAGGCAUGCUGGCCGACAAACUACUGGGCCAGAAAGCACAGAGGAAUCCUGAGGGCCUUAUCCCCUGGACCAAGUUCUGUAAGAGUCUCAGUGAGAAGAGCUUUCCCUUCUGGCUGUGGAUCGAAGCUAUCCUGGACCUCAUCAAGAGACACCUGCUGUCCCUGUGGAACGAUGGUUGCAUCCUGGGCUUUGUGAGUAAGGAGAGGGAGAAGGCCCUGCUGACUGGGAAGUGUCCAGGCACGUUCUUGCUGCGCUUCAGUGAGAGUAGCAGAGACGGAGCCAUCACAUUCACUUGGGUGGAACAUGACCAAUACAAUAAGCCUGUAUUCCAUGCAGUGGAGCCCUACACCAAGAAGGAACUGUCUGCAGUCUCUCUGCCUGACAUCAUCCGCACCUACAAGGUGAUGGCAGCUGAGAACAUCCCGGAGAACCCACUCCGUUUCCUCUACCCAGACAUCCCCAAAGACAAGUCCUUCGGAAAGUACUACGCUAGGGCCUCAGAGGCAUCAGAGCCCAUGGAUGUGGAGAGUUCCAGCAGCACAGGGUACAUGAAGACAGAACUCAUAUCAGUGUCAGAAGUUCACCCAUCUAGACUGCAAGACAACAUGAUGCCCAUGUCGCCAGACGUGUUCGGAGAGCUGAAGAGGAGCGUUGCACCAGUGUUCCAGUGUUGGACUGGUCCUAAGGAAAUUGAUGCUGUGACGUCUGAUCUCGGAGCGUUUUUAGCUGAAGACUUUCAGAUGUUUGAGAACACACCUGACUUGGACUGCAACUGAGCCAACAGACAUGUGGGACCUGAUCUUUUAGUUUUAUACUGAAGCCUAUUUCAUUUCAAUCCUUUACCCUCCUUGAACUUCAGUAGUCACGUUCCAGAACAAAUACAGAGUCAGUUUUAGAAAUAUACAUUACACUUAUAAAUUAUUAUAUAUAUAUAUAUAUAUAUAUAUAUAUAUAUAUAUAUAUAUAUUACACAAUGAAUAAUUUGGUGAUAAUGUGCACGUCGGGGUUGUGGGAUCGAUGGUCAUGGGGGACCAGUUAAAAGUGUGAAAAUGUAUGCACUCACUACUGUAAGUCACUCUGGAUAAGAGCGUCUAUUAAAUGACUCCAAAAAAGAAAUAAAGGGAGAUCUCAUCCAUCUUUAAAAUGAUAUCUUUAUUAUUUGAUCAUUGAAAUAAAUACAGUACCAGUCAAACGUUUGGACACACCAACUCAUUCCAGGGUUUUUCUUUAUUUUUUUUACUAUUUUCUACAUUGUAGAAUAAUAGUGAAGAAAAACUAUGCCGCACCAAUGUGUCGGAGGAAACACCGUGUACCUGGCAACCUUGGUUAGCGUGCACUGCGCCCGGCCCGCCACAGAAGUCGCUGAUGCGCGAUGAGACAAGGAUAUCCCUACCGGCCAAACCCACCCUAACCCGGACGAUGCUAGGCCGACCUCCCGGUCGCGGCCGGUUGUGACAGAGCCUGAACCUCACUGUUUUCUCAUAUCUUUUUCAUUGCCCCAGUCUGAGGUCCUGAGCGCUCUGGAGCAGGUUUUCAUCAAGGAUCUCUAUACUUUGUUCCGUUAAUCUUUCCUUCGAUCCUGACUAGUCUCACAGUCCCCGCCGCUGAAAAACAUCACCACAGCAUGAUGCUGCCACCACCAUGCUUCACCGUAGGAAUGGGGCCAGGUUUCCUCCAGAUGUGACACUUGGCAUUCUUGGUUUCAUCAGACCAGAUAAUCUUGAUCCUCAUAGUCUGAGAGUCCUUUAGGUGCCUUUUGGCAAAUUACAAGCGGGCUGUAAUGUGCCUUGUACUGAGAGGUGGCUUCUGUCUAAUGUGUGCGCUGGGAGUCGGGAAGCAGGUUCAGGGAGUGAAUAAUUUAAUAAAUAAACAAAACUUAAUACAGAACAAGAAACACGAACAACGCACAGACAUGAAUCUGUAACAGAAACAAUAACCCCUGGGGAAGGAUCCAAAUGGAGUGACAUAUAUAGGGAAGGUAAUCAGGCAGGUGAUGGAGUCCAAUACUGCAGAAAUGUUUUGGUACCCUUCCCCAGAUCUAUGCCUCGACACAAUCCUGUCUCUGAGCUUUACGGACAAUUCCUUCGACCUCAGGGCUUGAUUUUUGCUCUGACAUACACUGUCAACCAUGGGACCUUAUAUAGACACGUGUGUGCCUUUCCAAUUAAUGUCAAAUAAAUUGAAUUUACCACAGGUGGACUCCAAUCAAGUUGUCGCAACGUCUGAAGUAUGAUCAAUGGAAACAGGAUGCACCGGAGCUCAAUUUCGAGUCUCAUAGCAAAGGGUCUGAAUACUUAUGUAAAUUUAUUUUUAUUUUAUUUUUAUUAUAAAUGUUCAACCAUUUCUAAAAACCUGUUUUCACCUUGUCAUUAUGUGGUAUUGUGUGUAGAUUGAUGGGGGGGGGGGACUAUUUAAUCCAUCUUCGAUUAAGGCUGUAAUGUAACAAAAUGUGGAAAAACUCAAUACUUUCCGAAUGCACUGUAUGCUAAUAAAAUUACAUAAAUAAAAUCCAUGUUGUGAAGCCGAA